AUGGAUUUAGCCCAUGUCAAAGAUAACCAUGUUGACCUCUAUCGAAUACUACAUAUUCAUGUAAAUGAUAAUGAACAUUUGAACUCAGUAACUCCUACUCUAAUCAACAAACAGUUCAGGAAAUUAUCGCUAACGUUACAUCCUGAUAAAUCCAAUGAAUCAGACUUAAACAUCACACGAGACAGAUGGGAUAAUUUACAAUCGGCAUACCGUAUCCUCUCUGAGCAUAAGAAAGAAUAUGAUAUCUGGUACCAGCGGACAUUUCUACAUAGCAAUAGGGAGCUACUGGAAAAACUAGAGAUUUCAGAGAAGGCCAAGAAAGAGAAGUUGAUAAGUUAUGAUGAGAUUGAAAAGAUUCAGCGGUAUGGCCAAACUCUAAGAAAGCUAGUACAUUUUGAAAUACCGAUAUCAGACUGGCGGAAUCCCAGUUUUACAGAAAAUACCGAUGAUCUGAAUAAACUGACAGAAACUUGUCUCUUUAGAAUCAAAUUAGUGAAAAGGAAGGAAUAUAAUAAUGAACAGAAACUGAACGAAUGGUUCAGGAAGAUCGAUAUUCCUAUUACAGUACAAUACUACUCUGAGAAUAAUGAUCAGCGAGAGGACGAUCUCGUGGUUUACGCUAGUGCAAGAAAUGUUCAAACUACAAUUGAAAUUCUCCGGACCAUAGAAAACGAGAAAGAAUUACAUCCAGAUAUAUUGGAAUUCACUCCAGCAGUGGAAUUCGAGCAUUUCUCUUUCAAAGAAAAGGUUGAACUAGACCCUAGCUUAGGUAGUAUUAUAUAUAAUUCAUCCGAUAACCCUAUCAUCAUGUAG